UUACGAUGCGACAAAUCUAAACUAUACGUAACAUGAGCUGUAGAUUGUCAGUACUGACAGCUGACAGUGCAUAUUGAAGUACAAAUCCAAUCCUAUGUAUUUUUUCUUUCUCCUUUUUUUUGAUUAAGUAAAACACAGAAUGAUAAGAUAUAAAAUUGAUAUAAAAUACGACGCAGAUAAAAACAGCAAGACAGUAAGACAGUAUUAAGAAAAGUAAUAAUUUUUCAAUGAAAGAAAAGUUUAUAGAUUUUUGACAAAGUGUUUACAUUUGUUUAAACGUAAAGGUUAUGUGCUUUCAAAGUUCCGAGCAAUUGUUAUAGAAAAAAUACAGGAAUAUGACAAUUUUACAUCCAACACAUCUCAGGAAGGAAGGAAAUUAAUGUCCUUAAAUCAGUGCAGUGAUUCAAACAAUAUGAUAAAUAAUGAAAGAAAAGAAGACACUUGGGAAACUUGUUACGGUAAAAAAAAAAGAAAGAAUAAAAAAGUAGCACCACCACGUGUUUUACAAGUGAAAGCUGUGUGCACCGAUGUAAAAGCGAAUAAUUCAAAUAACAAAUCAUCCACUUUGCAUCUUGCUAAUAAUGAAAAUAUUAGUAAUGAUUCCAAAUUGUCAAAAGCCAUUGAUACAUCAAACACCAAUACCGUUAAAUACAAUAAUGUAAGAGAUACAAGUGACAAAAAUACCUCUACCUCCAAUUUAAAAAAAGAUUCUCUACAAACCCACGACACAAAGGAGAAGAAAGAUGAAAUGGUAUUUUUGAGAAAGGACAAUGUGCAAACUAAUAUAAUAAUAAAUAAUUCAAUUGACAAGGCUUUGUUAUUUGCUAAUAAGGAAGAUAAUGAUUCUAUUUUAUCAAAAACAGCUGAUUUGUCAAACACUGGUGUUGUAGAAUAUAAUAAUGGAGAUAACAGUGACAAAGAUAUCUUUACUUUACAAAACCCAACUCAUGGUGAUACUCAGAAAACUUUUCUGGGUAAAAAGAAUAGAGUCAACAAUAAAAAGAGGCAGCUAUUGCGAAAGAAGAAUGCACCAACUGAUAUACAAAUGGAUAAUUCAAAUAACAAAGCUCACACUUCGCAAUUUGUUAAUAAUGAAUACUAUAAUAAUCUUCCAAGUACUAGCACUGCAAAAGUCAAGAAUUUUGAUAAUACAAGUGAUAAAGAUACAUCUGCUGUAACUCAAAAUUCAAAAUUUAUAUUUUUUGAUGUAGAUUAUGAGUUUCACGAGGCAAAUCAUGCAAUAAUUGAUACAUUUGCUAUUAACAUAUAUUUCUCCCUAUGCUCUGAUACUAGGGAAACUUUCUGUUUAGUAUGUGACGAAACCAUUCAACUUCAAAACAAAGGCAAGUUACAGAAGCACUUUUGCAAUCAUAUCCGAUCUAAAACGCACGUAAAAUUGUUGUCUCAGAUGAUAAAAGAUGACAAGAAAUAUAUAAAAGAUGGAAAAUUUUAUAGUAAAUUAGGAUUGGCACGGGAAUGCAUGAAAAGCAGAAAUGAUUUUGUUGAAUGCUUGUUAUGUGAUAGCAACAACUUUUCUAGUAAAAUAAAAAAUAAUGAAGAAUCAUUACAAGAACACGUGACCAGCAGCACACAUCAAAAUUUCAAAUUAUCAUGGACAUCUUCUGUAAAAAAUGUGUUACAAGAGGUCCAUAACAAUUUCCGGAGUAAAUACAAUGCGAAGAAAUAUCGUUGUGAACUUUGCAAUUAUGAAAGCUCGUCGGAGAUCUACUUUAUAAAACACUUGCAUGUUCCUUAUCAUAUGACACGAUUGGUAGAAAUUCCUGACCAUACGGAAAGAUUUAAAUUUUGCUUUUGCGCUGCUUGUUUGCUCCUGUGGUUUGGUAGUUCUGAAACGUACAAUCGUCAUUGUGAGCAGAUCGAACAUAAGCUUGGAAUAACAUACGGUUCUGAUCUAGAUCGUUUACCAGAACAAGUGGUACAAUUCUUAAUUAUGUCUAAGGAAAAUGCUGCGGUUUUGCUCGAGAGGUCUAAUCAUGUAUGUCACAAUGAGACAAUUAAUCAUGUAUUGUACAACUUGAUAACUGAUUUACGAAGAUUUCUGCCACAUGUAAAGGCUUAUCCUUUUGGAUCCAGGAUUUCAGAUUUAGGAUUUCCCAAUAGCGAUAUUGAUAUUUUUCUUGAUUGUGAUAAUAUGUAUGAAGGAAGAAAUUCAACACGUCGUCAUUGUCAGACUCUGAUUGUAAUGGUUGCAUAUUAUCUAUCCUUUAAUAAACAAUCGUGGAAAGUGCACGAAGUGAUAUUACAUAGUAGAACACCAAUUGCAAAAGUACAGCAUGUUCUUUCUGGACUUACUUGUGACAUUUCAGUUACAAAUGGGCUAGCAGUGGAAAAUACAAAAAUAAUUAAGUGCUUUAAUCGUGCUUUUCCAUUGUGCCGAAAAAUGAUUUUAUUUCUUAAACGAUGGUUGCACUUCUGCGGCUUAUUAGGAUCGCGUCUUGUAACAAGCUACGCCAUAACGUGGUGCGUUAUUUUUUAUCUGCAAACUCUACUAGUGUUUCCCAACAUCUCAGAACUAGUUAAAUUAAAAAAUAAAUCAUGGCGAAUUAGUGGUUGGGAAGUUGGUAUAAGCUAUGAUUUUCCUAUUAGGAAAAUAGAUCACACUUUUGAAGAACUUUUAUUAGGAUUUUUUAUAUUCUAUACAGAUUUUAACUUUAAAAAUCACGUGGUCUGUCCAUUGUUGGGUCAACCAAUAGAAAAAAAUGCAUUUACCAAUCUGUCAAAUUUACCGCAAGAUAUGAUUCCGUAUAUUAAUUAUAUGCAGAACACUUCUACAGAAGAGGAGCCUCAAGCUUUUUCCAUAUCGUCGUUAUGCGUCCAAGAUCCAUUUGAUUUGUCACAUAAUCUUACAAAGGCGGUGUCUAAUUGUAAGCUAAAAAAGUUUCAGACUUAUUGCAAUUAUAGUGCAAAAAUACUAAAAAAAACUAUCCCAUAUCUGAAGCCACCGUCGUAAUCUUACCUUAAUUAAUAUACGGUAUCUUGAUUGAUAUGAAAUUAAUAUAUAGGAAAUACUUGCAUCUCUUAACAUCAUAGCUUGAUAUGUCUUAACAUAACUUUAUAUUAUUUUUCUACAUUUUUAUCUAAUAAUUGUUACUCAAUGAUUCAUAGCUUAAAAUUAAAUGUU